CAAAUGUUUAUUGGGACUUUUUGUAAAAUAGCACAGUGACAUUUAAAUCGAAAUCGUGUCUUUAAACACUGCUCCAUUCAUCAACACGUCCCAGUUCUCUUUUAUCAUCCUACCACGUGGCCAGGAUGGGGCGUGGCUUUGUUUUCGCGCGAAAGUUCUUUUCUUCUUCCUGUGAAACGUGAACAUUUCCGGAGACCUAUUGUUGACGGACGGUAUUUAUAUCUUUACCUUGGUUUGCAGGAGAAGUAUUGGUGCAGUUUUGUCGCUCUGUGGUUCUCGUGCCCACCCCAGGCAGCAGCAAAAUGUCUCAGGCUCGAGUUACUGAUUUCUUUUCCCAGAGAAAAAAAGGCAUCGCCGGUCCGGUUAAACCAGCCAAGCAGCGCAGCCGUGACUCUUGUGCCAUCAGCGCCAAUGUUACCAGCACACGUUCAAGAUCCGCUAAAAACAAAGGUGAUUUCCUUUGUUCGUCAUCUGUCCACGAAGAGUUUGUCCGAGUUAUCGACGAAGCUGCGGGACUAAACGAUGGAGAAUCUGCUGUGAGCCACACCGCUGAAGAUUUCCACCCCAGUCCCCGGACACCAAAGCGGACUUCGGUCGACGCAGAGUUUGACCUCGGGGCAGCCGUGUUUUCAGCCACCGCCAACCACAGCACGGCCAAGAAGAGACGGCAAGUGAAGGCCGAUAGAGACGCUAAAGCUAAUGCCCCGGAGAAAACAACAAGGAGAACAGCCAGGAAAAAACUGGUCCUCCCUCAAGACGAACCAGAGGUUGCAGCCCAGCCCCUGCUAAGUGAAGAGACCCAACAGGUCCCAGCUGCAGCAGCUCCUGUGUCUGGACAGAAUAUUGAGAACCAUGAAGAGGUCAUCAGCAAGAACACUGUAGAACGGGCCAGCAAGGCUCUGAGUAAAGAGGACCACGCAGCCCUCAAGUCUCGCCUUCAGAGGAUCAAGAAGCGUGCUGAGGAAAUAACCAACAUAGCUUCAGCUUCCACAUCCUCCUCUGUCUCUUCUCCAGCUGGUCCAGCACCUAACAGUACGAUCUCCCCUGUCCCCCAAAAUGACAAAUCCCCUACCUCUGAUGCUAACGCUCUUAAGCUCACUGUAGCACGAGCCAAAGAGCUUGCAGCUAGAGCUCAGAGAAGAAAAGAAGAGAGAGAGGCUGAGGAGAGUGAACAGAGUGAGACACAAACCCAGAGCAGUACUGAGCCGCCAGCAUACCAGCGGUACCACACUCUCGCCCAGGCAGUCCCCCCAGGCCUCUCCCUGCCCUACCAGUAUAAGGUGCUGGCUGAGAUGUUUAGGAGUAUGGACACUGUGGUUGCAAUGCUGCACAACCGCUGUGAAACAGCCACCUUUGCCAAGGUCAAACAGGGAGUUCAGGACAUGAUGCACAAGCGGUUUGAGGAGAGCCAUGUGGGUCAGAUAAAGACAGUUUUCCCUGAGGCCUACAAAUUCAGACAGGAGAAGAACAUCCCAGUGUUCAACAGCAGCAUUAAGAAGGGCAGCUACCAGCUCACUGUGGAGCCCAUCAUUCUCUCUGACCAGAACGAAGCACGUCCUGUCCUGUCAGCCUCUCACCUCCUAGAGAGAAGACACAUCUUCCAUCUGAACCUGGUCUCCAUUGUCAAACAGCACCACAAGGUCUUCCUGUCUUCAUUGGUUCCUCCAGUGUCAGUUCCAGAGGACAAACUGACCCGAUGGCACCCUCGCUUUAAUGUGGACACUGUAGCAGCCAUCAAAGCUAGCUCACUGCCUCAGCCUCCUCACAAUGAGAAACUGGCCACAGCUCAGGAGGUGCUGGACAAGGCCCGCUCACUCAUCACACCCAAGAUGGAGAAGGCUCUGGUUUCUCUGGCUCUGAAGACAGAAGACAAAGCUUCAGAGAGUAAAGAGCCUACAUCUCCUCAGAACCCACCAGUCCCCCAGGCAUCAGCUCCAUCAGCUGCUCCUGCAGCUCAGGUCCCAACUGCACUGAAAGGAGUGUCUCAGUCCCUACUGGAAAGGAUUCGGGCAAAGGAGGCCCAGAAGCUCCAGGCAGCCAUGACCCGAAACACCACCCAGGAGGAGCGCCUGCUGAUGAUGUCACGGCUUGGAGAACUAGCAAGGAUUCUGCGUAAUGUUUUUGUUGCAGAGAAGAAACCGGCUUUAAUUAUGGAGGUGGUCUGUAACAGGAUGGUGGCCAGCUACAGAUCUGCUCUCAGCACAGGUGAAAUGGAGAAACAUAUCCGUCUGCUGGCAGAAGUGGCUGCUGAUUGGCUGACUAUCCAUCCAAUCAGGAAGGACUUUUACCUGAAGUUGAAUAAGAACAUGGAGCUCAGCAUUGUUCUGGACAAAUUGAGCAGAAGACUGAGAGAGGAGGAGAGACUCUGAGACUUCAGACUGAAGUGACAGAAUGACGAUGAGUGAUGUGGUGGUCUUUUACAGUUUAACUGUUCACCAUCCUCAGGUCCUUGCUCUGUGAGCUGCCAGCACACUAAAGAUGAACUGCUUUUCAGUGCCAUAUAUUAUAGUGAAUUUCACUGGUUCAUUGGCAGCAGACAUUUCCAACACUGUGUGUUUUGUGGUGUGUUCUGUGCUUCAGGUUGUCAGUGUGACGACCACAGUCACAGACUGAUCUAGGCACAGCUUCAGGACACUGGAAUGUCCCAGUACCCCCUGGCACCACAUUGGACUCACCAGUGUGUCAGUCCUGGUACUCUGUCCAUCCUCCUGUGUUAUUAACAGGUCGUUUUAACCACACUGUUACAGUGACUGACGUGCUUUGUUUUUUUUUCUCCAUCAAAGUGUAAUAAUUGUGUGCACAGAUCUGCUUCCAGUCUUAGAGGGAAUUUGUUUUCUACAGUGUAGAACUGAUGAGUGUUUACAUUUUUAAGUCACUGUUUGAUAAUGUUAGAAAUACAAGCAUUUGUCCGAGUUUCACUGCCUCCAAUGUUUUUCUCUGAAUGCAAUUUAUUAAAUAGAACACUCUUUAAAACAAAGAAGGUGCAUUAAUGAUCUGAAAGUGAAGGUAGACUAUGUGUAUCAAAAUGACACAAGUUAAAGACAGGAGAGAAAGGAGGUGUCAUGGGUGACAGUGAAGGAAAACUGUCAUUAGUGGCAUCUUGUCAUGCAGGAAGUUGUGGUUUGUUUUCCUACAGAGUGAGAUUGGUCAGAUUAUUCUUCAGUCUUGUUAAUUUAUUCUUUCAUCAGAUAUCUCGUCACCUAAUCAAAUGAGGAAAUUAUAGCACAGAUCCUAAGCUCAGUUUCAAGUCAUGGUUAGUAUUAAUGCUGUCUGUGCAAACUGUUGUCUAUGUCUUCUCUGGCCCUGUGGUGUGGCUCCAGGCCCAAUCCUAAUGAUCUCACUCAGAGACUCUGAAACACGUUCCUGCUAAGUCCAUGAGAGUUUAGCAUUGUCCCACUGUCAAAUUGUCAAAGUGCAAAGUGGUUGAUAUGUUAUGGUUUAUGGUUAACUGAAACUCAACUAUUGAAUGGCUUUCAAUGUCAUUUGAGCUGCUAGCCUCUCAGUCUUGGUGGUUUUUUUUCUUAAAAAAUAGUAAUAUAAAUCAACUACUAGCCACAGCUGUAAAUGUAGGAGAGAGAAGAGUACAAUAUUUAUCUCAGAAAUGUAGCAUAGAAGUAUCAUUUACCAUAUACUGGAAAUAAGUGAAGUCCACGUAACUUAAAACCUAGACUAUGCAACCUUUGCUGAACAGAGGCCACUGUGGCUGCACAUGACAAUUAUGAUAAAUGCCGAAUUGUAGCACAAGUAGUGAUUGAUGGAGUAUCUACCUGAAGUUUGUUCACAGCCAACAUUAGGUAAUGGUAAUAC